UAUGUUCAUGAGUAUCAGUGUCGGUGUGGACAGCUUCAGUGAAGGAUGUACGAACUGGAGAGGAAGAACCUGCAGCUCUACAGCCGCUAUGUCACCCAAUUCCUACGACCCUCGUACAUCCAAGAUUUUAUGAGAGUGUACCUGGAUACAGAGUCUGUACAGAAGAUCGUUUCGCAGGAGGGGAGGGGUUCAGUGUCAGUAGCAGCACAGAUGCUGCUGGAGAAGAUGUUGAACCUGCAGGAGGAAGGAUGGUUUCAGGCUUUUCUGGACAUACUGUUGGCUUCAGAAUACACAGGACUGCACCGAGCGAUUAAGGAGUGGGACUUUGAAGAACUAAAUGAUCUGGAGCCUCACAGAAAGCUGCUGGAUAGAAUCGAGAUGUCCAUCACCAGGAACAUGAAGCCCAGAGAGCUUCUACCUCACAUGAACGAGUGUCUCACUGAUCGAGAGUGUGAGGAGAUUCGAGCGGUGGAGGAUAAUAAAGGUUGUAUUGCAGCGAGUGAGCGGUUGUUGGAGAGUCUGAGACACUGUGAUAAACCCAACUGGUUUAAAACACUGAAGCUCGCGCUGGAGGCCUGCAGCCAGAAACUCGCUCUACAACUACUGGAACCUGACAGUAACAGCAAGUGUGUGGAGGAGUGUGAGGAGAGUAUGGAUUGCACCCAAACGGUGUGUUUUGAGUACAGAGAGGAUGGAGAGAGUAACGAUGACCUGAUGAGCAGUAACGAGAUGAUGGUCACUGAGGAACACAGCGAGGGUGCAGGUUCAGAGGCUGCUGUAGAGAGAGCUACAGAGAGGAAGCUGAGAGAGUAUCAGAAAGAACUGGCCAGGGACGCCUGCUCCGGUCACAACACCAUCAUCUGCGCCCCCACAGGCUGUGGAAAGACCAUCGUUGCCUUGGAGAUUUGUGAGAAUCACCUGAAGAAAUUUCCCCAGAAGGCAAAGGUUGUUUUCAUGGCAACCAAGGUGGAGGUUUAUAUGCAGCAGUACAAACUGUUCAAGGAUCACUUCAGUAAGGAUACAGACAUCAGCGUGAUCGGUCUGUGCGGCGACAAGGGGGACAUGUCCCUGUCCACCCUGCUGACCAGUUACGACGUGCUGGUGCUGACCCCUCAGAUCCUGGUGAACGCUCUGGAUCGCGGCGAGGUUUCGUCCCUGCACACCUUCACCCUGCUGCUGCUGGACGAGUGCCACAACACCACGGGCAAACACCCGUACAACAUCAUCAUGAACCGCUACAUCGACGCCAAGCACUCGCCGGACACACGGCGGCUCCCUCAGGUGGUGGGUUUGACCGCGUCGGUUGGUAUAGGGACCUUUAAAACCGAGCAGGAGGCCGAGAUGAACAUCUGCCAGCUGUGUGCCAACCUGGAUGCCCGGCUCAUCUCCACGGUUACCGAGCACGUCGAGGAGCUGAGAUCGUUCGUGUACGUACCUGAGAAAGAUUUCUUUCAGGUGCCACAGCGAACCUCAGACCCCUUUAUCCUCAUCAUCAGCAGCAUCAUGAAGGACAUCGAACGCCUCGCCAUGAGUGUCCACAAUAUCGGGGGUCUCUCUCAGGUGCAGAGGGGAGAUUUUGGCAGUCAGAUGUACGAGCAGUGGAUCGUUGACGUGCAGAAACAGUGCAAACUGCUGCAGCUGCAGGAUCCGGAGGAAGAGAAGCGGAUCUGCAGGGCGCUGUACACCUACACCGAACAUCUCCGGAAAUAUAACGACGCCCUGAUCAUUAACGAGGACGCUCGAGCUAAAGACGCGCUGGACUACCUGGACCUGUUCAUCCAGGACAUCGACAACGCCGCCUACGAUGAGAACGAGCGCCGGCUGGCCGACCUGUUCCGUGCUCAGCAUCAGAAGCUGCUGCAUUUAGCCACGGAGGGGAACGAGAACCCCAAACUACAGGAGCUCAAGUUCAUCCUGGAUGAAGAAUAUCGUAACAACAAGCAGACCCGCACCGUCCUCUUCGUCAGGACCCGCGCCCUCGCAGACGCCAUGAAGAAGUGGAUUGAGGAAACAGAUUCUCUGAAGUUCCUGAAGCCUGGAGUUCUGAUCGGGAGAGGAAGGAGGUCACAGCUGAUGGGCUCAGGUAUGACUCUGCCGGGGCAGAAGGGCGUCCUCGAGUCCUUCAAAAGUUCGGAUGACAGUAAGAUCCUCAUCGCCACUUCUGUCGCUGACGAGGGGAUCGAUAUCCCACAAUGCAACCUGGUGCUCAUGUACGAGUACGUCGGCAAUGUUGUCAAGAUGGUUCAGGUCCGAGGGCGGGGCAGGGCACAGGGCAGUAGGUGUUUCCUGAUCUCCAGUGGGCCGGAGCGCAUUAAUAAAGAGAAGCUGAACAUGGCCCGAGAGAAGCUGGUGGAAGCGGCGAUCACCAACCUGCAGCACUCACUCACUCAACUACAGGCCCAGGUGGACCGGUUCCAGAGGGAGGACAUGGCGAGGAGAGCUCAUGUCCAGUCGAUUGUUGAGAAACCUCGGACUGAGGGAAGUUACAUGCUGCUGUGUGCCAAGUGCAGGAAGUUCACCUGCUACAGCGACGACCUGCGUGUGCUGCAGAAAUCCCACCACAUAGUUCUGGAUCGCUCCAUAUUCGAGCGCUGCAUCACCAAACCCUACGAGAAGAUCAAAGUCUUUGAUGGAAUCUCAAAAAAUAAGAAGAUGUUCUGUGCAAACUGUAAUCGUGAGUGGGGCAUCACCGCCUCCUACAUGUCUAUACAGGAUCUGCCGGUGUUGAAGAUCGAGGGCUUCAUCUUUAAGGAUCUCGUUACAGAGAAGCUGCAGGUGUUUAGGAAGUGGCGCGAUGUGACGUUUAAAAUGAAAGAGUUCGAUGUGACGGAGAAGACGGUCAGCACCUGGGAGCCCAGAACAUAAAGAACAUACAAGAACAACAACAAAAAACCAAAAGAACAUACAAGAACAGAAAAGAACAGAAAAAAAACAAAGUUCAUAAAGAACAGAAAAGAAUAAUGAAAUAAGUCAUAUUAUAUGCAUACAUGGAUCCAAAACUACACACACACACACACACAUUUAUAUAAACACAUACACAAACAUACACACACACAUUUAUAUAAACACACACACACAUACACAUCUAUAUAUACACACACGUUUGACAGUGGUGGGUUUUAAUCUACUACUGUUACUGUGUGUGUGUUUUUUACUGUAGAGUGUGUGUGUGUGUGUGUGUGUUACUGUAGAGUGUGUGUGUGUGUUACUGUAGUGUGUGUGUGUGUGUGUGUUACUAUAGUGUGUGUUUGUUACUGUAGAGUGUGUGUGUGUUACUGUAGUGUGUGUUUGUUACUGUAGAGUGUGUGUGUGUGUGUGUGUGUGUGUUACUGUAGUGUGUGUUUGUUACUGUAGAGUGUGUGUGUGUGUGUGUGUGUGUUACUGUAGGUGUUUAUUGUGUUUAUGUUUCACAUGAAAGUAAAAAUAAUAAAAAUGAUUUGAAUCUUU